AUGAUGGUGUCAUUCCUGGUCCGCCUCUACCGUAAGAGCUCCGUCGGCGUGUCGACCAUGCAGAAAGUCGUGGUCAUCCAGUGCCUCUCCAUUUGCAUCGUCAUGAUGAUCGCAUCGGGCAUCUACUGCUUCAUGCAGUUUAUCCCGGUGCCCGUCUUCUUCGUCGUCAUCUCCACGAUGAUGUGGCAGUUUUCAAAUGGAGCGCCCGGCGUGAUGUACGUGGUCGUCAACCGCUCGAUCCGCACGGCCGUCUUGACGAUGCUCGGCAUUCGCAAAGAUACCAAAACUGGCCACCUGGCCAGCACUGCUUCCGGGAACAAGGUCGGCUCCGUGUCGGCCGCCAAAAAGGACAAGGACUCCGAUGCUGUCGAGGACAAAUUU